CACGCCACCGCCGCCGUGUCCCCAGGGGUGGUGACCAAGAUGAAGAUGCAGCGCACCAUCGUCAUCCGCAGGGACUACCUGCACUACAUCCGCAAGUACAACCGCUUCGAGAAGCGCCACAAGAACAUGUCCGUGCACCUGUCCCCCUGCUUCAGGGACGUCCAGAUCGGGGACAUCGUCACCGUGGGCGAGUGCCGCCCCCUCAGCAAGACCGUCCGCUUCAACGUCCUCAAAGUCACCAAGGCGGCCGGCACCAAGAAGCAGUUCCAGAAGUUCUAG